UUGGAUGACCCGCUCCUCGUAUUCUACUUCCCUCUGGAUGAAGGCAACGGGGAUAUAAUAGCAGACCUCGGUCCCAACAAGCUAGAGGGGGAAACUGAAGGUAACCCAGCGUGGGUGGAUUCCGUAGAUAAAAAAUUUGGAACCUGCCUUUCGUUUGUAGACGGGAAAGAGCAGUCGGCGUUCGUGGCAGAUGUUCCGGCUUUGGAUCUCGCUGAAUCUGAUACCACCCUCGCUGCUUGGUGUAAGACUGGCAAAGAGGUGGGUCAGGGAUUUGUCUAUAUUAAGUGGGAUGGCGGUGGCUGGUAUAUCAAGCUAAAGGAUAAAUUACUCUUUACCCGCUACCACAUACCCGCACCCGUCGGCUUCGGUGGUGAGAUUGGUAGCAAAACUGAGAUUUCAGAUAACCAAUGGCACCAUGUCGCUUCAAUGCGUACAAACAAAGAAACGGUUUCACUGUUCAUUGAUGGCAAACUAGACCAUAAGGAUGACGCGGGCUCAGCACCUGGUUCCGCUAAUACCCCCGCCAAUUUGGAAAUUGGUCGGUUUAAGGAGGAGCGUUUCUGGGAUGGUGAGUUUGAUGAACUUUUCCUGAUGAAACGAAAUUUGACGAACGAUGAACUUCAAAUGUUGAUGGACGGAGAGUUUUUAGCCGUUGAAUCGAAGGGAAAACUUCCUCUCACCUGGGGGAGUCUCAAAGCUGCCAGGAAUUAA